AUGGCCGUCGCCUCGACCUCGUCCAGCUCGCAAGACGGCGAGGACUUUGCGCGCUUCACUUCGAGGCGCAUCGGCGCCGGCACGGGCAGGGAGCGCGUCCGCACCGUCGCAUGGAACCUGGACGGGCGGCGACUCGCAGCGGGCGGCACGGACAAGUCGGUCCGCAUCUACCUCCCCGACAAAGACGUUCGCAGCGGGACCGAGUGCCGAGGACACACGGGCGACGUCAACUGCAUCCGGUGGAGCCCCGUCCACCCAGAACGGCUCGCGAGCGUGAGCGCCAGCGGGCAGGACAAGGGUCUGCGGUUCUGGGAUAUCCGACAGGGCUCGAAGCCGACAUCGGUCAUCGAGACGUACGGCGACAACAUCACGAUGGCGUGGAGCCCCGACGGGCGGUACAUGGUCGUCGGCAACACCAAGGACCGCAUCCUGUGGAUCGACGUCGAGGAACAGAAGAUCAUCAAGCGCGUUGACAAGUCGGUCGAGACGAACGAGGCCCUCUUUUCGCACUCGGGCACGCUCCUCACGACGCUUUGCCACGGCGAGGCCGAGAUCACGUCCUUCCCCGGCGGCGAGCCCGUGCACAAGGUCUUCGUGUCGGACAUGCCUGCGACGGUCGCCGACCUGGAUCCGAGAGGCCGGUACCUCGCCGUCGGGUCGAACGACACGCUCGUCUCGCUGUGGGAGACGACCGACUGGACCUGCACGGCGACGUCGGGCGUGCACGAUGACCCACUUCGGACAUGUCGCUUCUCUCACGAUGGAGCGUACCUCGCGACGUCGGCCGGCGGCAGCGAGAUCGUCAUCCACAACACGCCGACGCUCUCUCGCGCCGCGUCGGUCGCGACCGCCGCCCAGUCUGGCGACGCCCUCGCGUGGCACCCGACGAGGAACGUGCUCGCGUACACGAGCGGGCAGGACGCAUGGAUCUGGGGCGCGGGCGUGUAGCAAGGGCGCGACGAGGAGAAGGCCGAGGACGAGGCGAGCGGUGCAAGCGCUUUCCUCGCC